GAGCUUGUGUCGGCGACAAAGGACAGAAUGUUUAAGGCCCCAGAAAGCAAUGCAUUUGGCCAAUCCUUCAGGGAUUAUGAUAUUGAAAGUGAAAGACAAAAAGGUGUGGAAGAAUUUUAUCGAUUGCAACAUAUUAAUCAGACAUACGAUUUUGUAAAGAAAAUGAGGGAGCACUAUAAAAAAUUGGACAAAGCAGCAAUGAGUAUAUGGGAAUGUUGUGAGAUGCUUAAUGAAGUAGUGGAUGAUAGUGAUCCUGAUUUGGAUGAACCUCAAAUUCAACAUUUGUUACAAACUGCAGAAGCUAUUAGAAAAGAUUAUCCUAACGAGGAUUGGUUACAUUUAACUGCUCUCAUCCAUGAUUUAGGAAAGAUUCUUCAUCUUCCUCAAUUUGGUGAGCUUCCUCAAUGGGCUGUUGUUGGAGAUACAUUUCCUGUCGGUUGUGCCUUUGAUGAAAAAAAUGUUCACCACAAGUAUUUUAAGGAAAACCCGGAUAGCCAAAAUCCUGCUUAUAACACUAAAGAAGGAGUUUAUAGUAAAGGAUGUGGAUUAGACAAUGUACUCAUGUCAUGGGGACAUGAUGACUAUAUGUAUAUGGUAGCAAAGGAAAAUGGUACCACUUUACCUUCACCUGGGUUAUUCAUUAUUAGAUAUCACUCAUUUUAUCCUUUGCAUAAGGAGGGAGCAUAUACUCAUCUCAUGAGUGAAGAAGAUUUCGAGAACUUGAAGUGGCUUCACAUUUUCAACAAAAGCAAAGUUUUGGUGGACGUUGAAAAAGUGAAGCCAUACUAUCAAUCACUUAUUGACAAGUAUUUCCCAGCAAAGCUGAAGUGGUGA